CCACAGGAUGGUUCAGAAGAACAUCACAAUGUCCCACAGGAUGAUCAGCUUUUGAAUCCGGGCGAAGAUCUGAACAUUAUAUAUGUUACAGAGACAUAUGUGAUGGGUGAUGAGCAGAGUAGAGAGGACAUUCCUACAGGUAACCGCCUAGAUGACUGUACCGGGAGCUUAGAAGAAUAUUUGAUAUCUUCAGAUUUUAAUGCAGAUGAUCAUGGAAUCGAGCAGGAUACAUAUGCAGAGCAUGCCAUUGUCUCAGAUAAACUCUCGGCUUUUCAAAGAAAAGACCCAUCAUCUAAUCCUUUCAAUCAGUUUCAAUCUUCUGAUUUAUCACAGACUGUUAAGCAAAAUAAAAGUCACAGAACAGGUGAACGUCAAAGAACUCACACAGGAGAGAAGGCUUUUUCAUGUUCACAAUGUGGAAAAUGUUUUAACAAAAAGUCAAAUCUUGUUGCUCAUGAAAGAAACCACACAGGGGAGAAGCCAUAUUCAUGUUCAGAAUGUGGAAAAUGUUUUAACCAUAAAUCAAAUCUUUCUAAACAUGAGAAAUUUCACACAGGGGACAAGCCAUUUUCAUGUUCAGAGUGUGGGAUACGUUUCAUCUACAAAUCAGAUCUUGUUAUACACCAUAGAAUUCACACAGGGAAUAAGCCAUUUUCCUGUUCAGAAUGUGAAAAACAUUUUAACCGUAAAGCACAUCUUGUUAUACAUAAGAGAAUUCACACAAGGGAGAAGUCAUUUUCAUGCCCAGAAUGUGGGAAAUGUUUUAUAGAUAAAUCUGCUCUUGUUACACAUCAGAGAAUUCACACAGGGGAGAAGCCAUUUUCCUGUUCAGAAUGUGGAAAAUGUUUUAGCGAUAAAUCAUCUCUUUUAAGACAUCUGAGAAUUCACACAGGAGAGAAGCCAUUUUCAUGUUCAGAUUGCGGAAAAUCUUUCUACCAGAAAUCAAGUCUUGUUACACAUCAAAGAAUUCACACAGGGGAGAAGCCAUUUUCAUGUUCAGAAUGUGGGAAAUGUUUCAACCAGAAAUCAAGUCUUGUUACACAUCAGAGAAUUCACACAGGGGAGAAGCCAUUUUCAUGUUCAGAAUGUGGGAAAUGUUUUAACUAUAAAUCACAUCUUGUUAAACAUGAGAGAACACACACAGGAGAGAAGCCAUUUUCCUGUCCAGAAUGUGGAAAAAGGUUUAUCCAGAAAUCAGAUCUUGUUAAACAUGAGAGAACUCACACAGGAGAGAAACCAUUUUCCUGUUUAGAAUGUGGGAAAUGUUUUAACCAGAAAUCAGAUCUUGUUAUACAUAAG